AUGGGGCCAAAGCUGGCGGGUCUGAUGAAACGGGUGUGCAAUAUUUACAUGGGAUUGUUUGCAGUGCAGAUCAAUUCAAGGGGGUAGGUUUCUGUGCAUGAGGAUCUGUCUUACAAUGGUUUCGUUCUUGGCUGCUGAGAAGACUUUUUUUUUAGUAUGGUGAGUAAUAAUUAACAAGUAUAAAUUGCCCUCUUCCAGCCUAUACCCUCCAGAAGUCUUGCAGAACAAUAGACUUCAUUUUGGCUAGUAUGGCUAAUGGCAGUUGUGGACUAGUUUAUCAGAGCACUUGUCUGAAGAAGGCAGGAAUGGCCUUACGCUUUAAAUACCUUAAAUACUUCCUAAGAACUUAACUUUGUUCUAAGGGUGUCAUUCAAGAAUGUUUUAUGAAGUUUUUUUUUGUUAGCUGUCGAUGUCCUUGCAGAGGAAUUAAUUUUAAGAUUGGCUCCUCUUGAUGUAGCUGUGCCAAAAUGCUUCUGGUUUGCAGUAGGCAAAACUUGCCAUUCAGAUAGAAACUUGUAUAGGCAAUGGAACACUCCAUGGUUGUGGAAAGAUUGCUCUCUGGUUGUUUUAAUGGAGAUGAAUCGGCUAACAGAGCAGAAACAAUGCACUGGGCUUUGCUGGUUCCAUUCCUCCUUCCACCGUUGCUGCUGCUGGAAGACUGCAAUUCUUUGGCUUAGUAGUGAACUGGGACUUCUACCCUUGAAGCCCACGUGCCGAGAAUCUGAUGUUGGGCUUGGCUUCGUGGCUGAAAACGGCAAACCAGCCCAUGAGAACUACCAUUCCUAGCCAAAAGAGAUCCAAUAAAAGUCAGCAUCUUUUCUUUCAAGUCUGGCAGCAAGAAAGAGGACAGGAGGUGGACAUUGUGGAAUCUGAAAACAGAUCUGAAAGGUGACAUUUAACUUGAAGAUGGGAGGUGGAGAAAGAUUCAGUGUUCCAUCUGUCCAGUCCAGAAAUGCUACCAAGAGCCAUCAACAACUGAAUAAUAGAAAAAAGAGUAAAGAUCAGAAUUCCCAUAUGAAGAAAAUUCACAAGAAAGAGAGAGGACAUGGCUGCAACCCAUCAUCUGUAGCAUGGCAGGCCAUGCACAAUGAAGGAAAAACCACAGUGCAUUUCCAAACCAACCAGACUUGGAAUCCAGCUUUAUCCCACUCACUUUUCAUGCCUCAAACCAACCAAAACUAUGCUGGAGCAAAAUUCAGUGAGCCACCAUCCCCAAGUGUUCUUCCUAAACCACCAAGCCACUGGGUAACUGUUUCAUUUAACCCUGCUGAUAAAGAAAUCAUGACUUUUCAACUUAAGACCUUACUGAAAGUACAGGCUUAAGUUCCAUAGAAAAUGACACUUCAUAGUUUCAAUUUUCAGUAUGAAUCCAUUUUGGAGUCCAGAAUUCAAACAAAAGCACAACAUGCAGAACUAAGUCACCAUGUUGGAAAGUAGUUGAGUUGCGUAGAAUGGUGAAAGGUCACUCCUUGGAAUUAUUCUUAAUUAAAUAGUUCACAUUUGGGUGUUACUGUGCACUGUUUCCAUUUGUAUGUGCUGCAGAUGCAUUGAUAGCCUAGACCAAAUCUCAGUCAUUGUUCUCUAUACAAAUUGUAUUGAUGUUAAGUUUUCUUUCUCAGAAAAGUACUUGACAGUAUGUCUUUUGGGAUGCAGUAAUAUAAGCCAAACAAAUUUCUAAUCACAAUGGCAAUGUAAUUGCAAAAUAUGAUUAUCCCCUAUACUGUGAAAUUCUGUAAGUAUUCAAAAUCAGAUGUUUUUGAACUCUUACCCAAAAUUGUUGUAAAAAGCAAUUUAAUUUCUUCAGAUAACUCAUUUUUCUAUCACUGUACUGAUAGAUUGGGCAAGCAAAUAUCCAUUCAAAGGCUUGGGACUUGAAAUCCAAAAUUUGGAUUUAAAAUGCCAAUCUACAUAAAACCUUGUUUAAUUGCAUGCCAAUUAUUUUAAUUAUUAAUCUAUAAUUCUUAUACAACCCUUACAAUGCAUUGAAAAUUGAUACCCAAAAAUGUGCCAACUGGAAUGUUUGUAAUGACUGGUACUGCCAAAAGCUUCUAGUAUCUUUUUUUCAUCAGUGAAUUUCACUAAUGUUUUUGAUAUUCAUUCUGUAUGUUUUGCAUCAUUUCCCGAAACUGAAUUGCUAAGGCCAGUGUAUAAUUAUGUGAAUUGUUUAAGGAAUUUGACAAUUGUAAAAACAUCUUUUAUGGAGGGAAGGAAGAGCCAUGUACAUAAAUGUAAAACUUGUAGCAUAUGUAAAUUUAUUGUGGGCUUUCCUGCCAAAAAAGAACUAUUUUAGUACAAAACUGCUGAAUGUAAACAAGUCCAUGUUAAAUACAUGGCAUGAUUUUUAUAAAAAAAUGCUUAAAAAAAACUCUUUAAAAGCACAUAUCUAUGCCAUUGCACUUGAGUAUCAGUGAAAGAAUGUGCUCAGCCUGCGUCUGCUUAGAUAAGAAUUUGGAUUUAACUUGGUAGAAAGUACCCUUUUUAAAGUUAAAAAUGUCUUUUUGAAGUUAUGGGCGCAGUUUAAUUUCUGUUUAAUGCAGAGAAAAAAAAUCUUGAUAAGUCAGUAAAUGUUUAUGCACUCUUAGAUUUCAGUCCUAAUAUACUUUGUUGAAAGUGUGUUUGGGACUGGGCUGUAAGGUUGCAUUUCAGUGAAACCUCAAUUCCUGCAUAUUAGAACUGUUGCAUACAGUUCUAAUGUACCCUCUGAUGGUUGCUUUCAUUUUGGAUGUAUAAAGUACUUUUAGCAGAGAAACAAAGUAUUAGAAAUUCCAGUGUCCAAAAUGCCAAAACCCCAUCUUGUAUUUGUCAAGACAUAUAAUAAAGUGUUUUUAUAAAUGUUUAUUUUACUAUGUAUUAUAUUGUAGCACUUUUCUUAGUUGUUUUAUAUGCUGUCAUUUGUUUAAAAGUAUUUCAUUAUAUACCAUUACAAUUAUUAUUUUUUGACGUGUCUGAACUCUUCUUAGAAGCAGCUUUAGAAUUUGAUAGAAUUUCAGAUGUGUUAGGCACUAUGUAUCUUGGUGAAAAUAGAUUAUAUAGAUUAUGUAAACUAAAACAUUAUA